AUGCAUCCAGUCGUGGAGGUGACCCUCUCGUGGCUCCUCUCCAGCGCCAAAGGCCGCGACGAGAAGAGCUUCUACCGGUCCCCGGCCUUCAAAGAUUUGCCGGAGCCGACCAUCGAGGUUACAUCUACGGAGCGCGGAGCGGGUUCCCUGGCUGAGCCGGCGCAGCUGAAGAAGGAACACUCCCACGAUGGAGAGGGCAGGUUUCCCGGCUUGCAAUGGCAAACGCCGCCGGCCAUCUCUGGGAUGGUGAAGGAGUGGCUGGUCGUGGUUGAGGAUCCUGAUGCGCCGCUUCCGACUCCAUUGUGCACGGUCGAGCUAGCUAAAGCGGCCUCAUCGAUCGCAAACAGGAUAUACGGAGGCAUCGAUGCUGCGAAUACGAAGAUCGAACAUCCCCACCUCGAGGUUGCCGAUGAGACCAAGAGCAUCGUGAAGGGUGGGUUCCAUUACGGGGUGUGUCGUAGACCCGGGGUGUACCUUCCUCCCCGACCUCUGAUGAACCACGGGCCUCACCGGUACUUCUACGAGGUCGUGGCAUUGAAUGAGGCGCUGCCCAAGGAGCUGCUGCAGGGCAGGCCGACGAGGGAGCAAAUCGCCGAGGCGGUCCAGGGCAAGGUGCUCGCCUGGGGCCUCUGGGUCGGGGCAUAUGAGAGGAAAUGGGAGUAG